GUUUGUUGUCUUGUGAUGAUAUUUAUUAAUUCUCAAUUUUAAUGAACUACAAAAUGAGUGAUCCCGAAAAUGACAAGCAAAUUCACAAGCGCGGACCCAAAAAUAUGCGGCUACGCUACUACAGUUCGUACGAGGAAGCAACAAUUGUGAAACUGUGGCGCGAAUAUCUCAGCCAAAUAACAUCGUACACUGAAAACUUGCAAAUAUUUCGAGACAUUGCUUCCAGCCUGCAACAACAUGGAAUCAGGCUGAACAAGCAAGAAGUUCGACGUCGCAUUAGUAGCUACCGCAACAAGUAUUUAAUCGAACACGGUCGUGUGGAAAACGACUUAAAGUACAAAUCGAACUGGCGUCUUUAUCAGCUCAUUGACAGCAUGUUCGAGUCCACAAAGACGGCGUCCACAGUGCAAACAGAGUCCCAGUUGAUAGAACAGAUCGAGAACCACGUGCGCAACGAGUUGCCCAGUCUUCCACGGUUCAGCCGACACGAUUGCCGGACCAUGAAGUUCACACAGCAACCGGACAGUUGUCCCUUUGUGGAUGGACAGCAGACAAUGCCGCCAAUUAAAUCGGAGCUGCUGAUGCCAGCUGUCAUCAAGGCUGAGAUCAAGGAGAACGACGAGUGCGAUGCCAAUCUACAAAUGGCAGCAGCGACUCCGAAUCGUCCCCCAUUAGCGCCCUCAAAUCGCAUUCAUGAACAAUUGUCCAGUCCGUUUGAAAGUGGAUCUGCCUCGUCAGGCGGAGGACGCCGCAUUCGUCGGCGUAGCUUCAUGCCACGUACUGGGCAGAUAACGCUGGCCCAGAUUGAGGCACUUCGCAGGGAGAACGAUUUGCUGGCGGAGCAGCGCGAUAAUAGUCUGAAAGAGCUCGAGCUGAAGGAGCAACAGUAUCUGCAGCUGGAGCAGACAUUCGAUAUCUGGCUGCACCAGCAGGAAAUUUGGUUGGGCUAUCUCACUGAUCGUAAAAUUAAGUAACGCAAUGUCGUAUGGAGAUUAAGUUAGUCUUAAGAUGACCUUCAUGGAGAAAGAAGGUUUAGUUUUAGCUUUAAUUUUAAACAGCGGCCAAUGAAUUCGUGAUCUCAGUCGCUCAAUUUUAGUUUCUUCGUUCCUUUUGAAAUGUAGCUAGUUAAUGGUCUAAUGAAAGCUGAGCAAAUACUUUAUAUUUUUAAUAAAGCUAAGGAAGCU